AUGGACAUUGCGGCCUUUGCAUUCCUGAUCGAGCACAACGGGCAAAAGCUACUCUUCGACCUAGGUGUACGGAAAGACUGGGAGGUCAGUAGUCCACCUACCCUUGCUGACCCGAUGAAGCUUGGGGGUUGGAAGGUUGAGGUCGAGAAGAAUGUAUCCGAAAUCUUGCAAGACAACGGAACAAGCUUAAGUAGUAUCGACGCUAUCAUUUGGAGUCAUCACCACAUUGCCCACACUGGCGAUCCCUCGACAUUCCCACCCAAGACCUCGUUGGUCGUUGGACCAGGCUUCAAAAGGCUAUUCACCCCUUCCUAUCCUGACGACGAGACCUCUCCCGUCCUCGAGUCUGCUUACGCUGGUCGUGAAGUCCGAGAAAUCUCCUUCAGGGGAGGCUUCAAACUAGGCCGCUUUCCUGCACUGGAUUACUUUGGGGACGGCUCUUUCUAUCUUCUUGCAUCUCCCGGACACGAGUCUGGCCAUAUGUGCGGGCUGGCCCGUACCACCUCUUCUUUCGCAAUGCAGCCUCAGCAUAUGGCUGGAAGGGAUACGUUCAUCUUCAUGGGAGGCAACAUUGCACAUCACGGCGGCGAGUUCCGUCCUAGCGUCUACCGUCCUCUACCUUCACUUCUGCCAGACUUCCCGCUUUUUGCCCCAUCAUUUUCGUCGGCAGUCAUGCCGCCUUGCCCUGGUGAACUUCUGGCAACAAUCCACUGCGCUCAAUCAGCUACAGAGCCUUUCUACACUUCGAAUUGCGCCGAGGACCAAGACAAGGCGAUCGAAAGCAUACGGAGGAUGAUGGAGUUUGAUGCCCGCGAUACCGUUUUUGUGGUGCUUGCUCACGACGCUACGCUCCUGAGCGUGAUUGAUUGCUUCCCGGCUACUGCCAAUGACUGGUAUGCCAAGGAGUGGGCGAAGAAGAGCAGGUGGCUCUUCUUGAAUGAUUUCGAGGAUGACGUCAAGGAGUAUGCGAGAAACAAGAAAGCUCGAGAGUAUGAGUUCGACGAGAAGUCGUUGUGGAUGAAUUGA